UUUUUUGGGAUUGGGCUGCAACACUGUUUACACCUGAAACUCCCAAAAUGUUUUGUGGACUCAAACACCUCACGCACCUUUCCAUUGGCAUAGUGGUGAGUAGAUAAUGAGUGAAUUUAAAUUUCUGGGUGAACUAUCCCUUCAAGGAAUGCCGUAAAAAUAUCCAAAUUCCGAUGGCAUUGAAGGCAUCUUCAUUGGCGGGCCAAUUACAGUCUGCCGAUAUGUUGGACUUCCGCUUGACCUCGCUUCAAACUAAGCGCGCGAAAAUCUCACUUUAACGAAACGAUCUCUCUUUAAAUCAAAUCUAUGGAAACAAAACGUGCAGGCUGCUGAGAGAUGUCGCGCACAAUAAGCACACGUCUCUUACAGGCGCUGGAGAAUCUGAGCGGUAACGACCUGGAGAGGUUUUGUUUCCAUCUGAGGGACCGCAGGGAAGAGCCGAAGAUCAGUCGCAGAGAGGUGGAGGAUAAAAGUCCUGUGAAGAUCGCAGACCUCCUGGUUUCUAAGUUCACGGUACUGGGAGCUCUGAGAGUGGUUUUGGAGACACUGAGGCUGAUCGACUGUAACCAGGAGGCUCAGACACUGGAAUCAAAGACCAAAGCUUGUGUGGACAAAGGUGAUCCCAAGACCUCUAACGGGAAGUUGGACAGAAAGCCCUUGCAGGAGGUUGAGAACUAUGCAGACGGGAAGUUUCCUUUAAAAGCUGCUCAACAAGGAGGUGCUCCUGUGAUGAUGGUGAAGCAAGAGGAGAUGGCUGAUCACCAGAGGGAGGGAGAGCCCUCAGUGAGCCAGAGUCCAAUGACGGCCCAAAAGGCGCAGGAGAGUCUGAGCAGUAACGACCUGGAGAGGUUUGGUUUCCAUCUGAGGAACCGCAGGGACGAGCCAAAGAUCAGUCGCAGACAGGUGGAGAAGAAAAGUCCUGUGGAGAUCGCAGACGUCCAGGUUACUAAGUGCACAGAACUGGGAGCUCUUAAAGUGGCUUUUGAGACACUGAGGCUGAUGGACUGUAACCAGGAGGCUGAGACACUGGAAUCAAAGACCAAAGCUUGUGUGGACAAAGGUGAUCCCAUUUUUCGCAAGACCUCUAACGGGAAGUUGGACACAAAGCCCUCACAGGAGGCUGAGAACUAUGCAGCCGGGCAGUCUGCUUUGCAGCUGCUCAACAAGGAGGUGCUCCUGUGAAGAUGAAGAAGCCAGAGGAGGUGGAGGCUGACGCCAAGGCUCACGUUCUCUCUGAGGGCGGAGACCCUGGCAACGACAGGCUCCUUCUGAGCAGAUAUGUGAUGCAGUUUGGCAAGUACAAAGGUCAAAACUUCAAAUGGCUGUUGGAGAAUGAUGUGCGCUACGCUGCCAGAUUGCUGGCUCACCACCAGAGGGAGGGAGAGCACUCAGUGAGCCAGAGUCCAAUGACGGCCCAAAAGGUUUCCUUGACUAAAUACGCGAUUCCUUACCCUGAGGUUUUGGGAGAAGUCAGAUUUCAUCGUGGGGUUGAUAGAGCCAAAGAGAGAUCCCUCCAGCCAGGCAAAAAGGGAGUGGCCCUCGUUGGUUUUGGUCGUCACGAAACGGAGACGCUGAAGGAUCUGUAUGAGUCGAAGGACAAGGACAGAAUCAGCUAUGUCCACUUCCUCCGAGGAAUGAAGUCAACCUGUGGUCCUGGGACCAAGAUGGACGCAGCCAUCAGAUACAUUUUACAGCGUGACCAGGAGCAGGGUGCAGCUGCCACUGCAACCAGGAACAGACGGAGUAACAUAGACCAGUAUGCCAGUUCCUCAAGGCCCAAGGUGAACAGGACCUGAUGGAGGGCACAACAAUCCUGUCUUCUCCAUUACUGACAAAAUCCUCUUUGGAGGCUCCUGUGGCAUACUCUAAAUUUCCCUCAGGAUCAAUCAAGUAUCUCUCUCUCUAUCUCUCUAUCUAUCUGUCUAUCUCUCUAUCUCACUGUCUAUCUGUCUGUCUAUCUAUCUAUCUAUCUAUAUAUCCAUGUGUUUAUCUAUCUAUCUAUCUAUCUAUCUAUCUAUCUAUCUAUCUAUCUAUCUAUCUAUCCAUGUGUUUAUCUGUCUGCCUCGUUAGAUACAAGUACAAUCAUCCAAAGCCAUUUAUUGAGGGAGCAUUUUCUAAAGGGCUUACCCUAUGCUGAGAAAAGAUCAUGUAAAAAUGCAUCAUGAGGAUAAAUGAUUCAGUGACUAAUUGUAGCUUGGACAUAGAUGGAAACAUCUUCUCUACUUGUGGUCUUCUUACUUGUUUUCUUGUUUUUAAAAUGUAGAGUCAUUUUAUCUUUUAUCAAUUGUACUCUGCAAAUGUAGCCUGUUGAUUUAAAAUUGUAAAAUUGUCGGUGACUGAUUCAAUUCAUUCAUUAAAGCCACAGAGGAAAA